AUGCCGAUGCUCAAAGAUCCUUCCACGAAAUACAAGAAGUUCCCACCUCUCAACCUUCCCGACCGCCAAUGGCCGAACAAGACCAUCGACAAAGCGCCUCGGUGGCUGGCAACGGACCUUCGAGAUGGUAACCAGAGCUUGGUUGACCCCAUGAAUGGCGAGCAGAAAUGGGAGUACUUCAAGCUGCUCUGCGACCUUGGUUACAAGGAGAUUGAGGUAUCAUUCCCGUCGGCGUCACAAACCGACUUCGACUUCACAAGGCGUCUGAUCGAAACCGAAGGAGCCAUACCUGACGACGUUUGGCUCCAAGUCCUAUCACCCUGCAGAGAGGACCUCAUCCGCCGCACGGUCGAGUCUCUCAAGGGAUCCAAGAAAGCCAUCGUGCACAUCUAUCUUGCCACGAGCGAAUGCUUCCGGAGGAUCGUCUUUGGGUUCUCGGAAGAUGAGAGCGUCGAGUUGGCCAGCAAAUGUGCGGCUUUGGUCCGGUCUUUGACCAAGGAUGACCCCUCGCAGUCCGGCACCGAAUGGGCUUUCGAAUUCAGCCCAGAGACAUUCUCCGAUACCAGCCCGGAAUUCGUGGUCCGGAUUUGCGAGGCGGUAAAGAAGGCCUGGGAGCCCACCGAGGAGAAUCCCAUUAUUUUCAACCUCCCCGCUACCGUCGAGAUGGCCACGCCAAACGUCUACGCCGACCAGAUCGAGUAUUUCUGCCGAAAUAUCACUGAGCGGGAAAAGAUCUGUGUCUCUCUCCACCCGCACAACGAUCGUGGUUGUGCUGUGGCUGCGGCUGAGUUGGCACAGAUGGCUGGCGCUGACCGGGUUGAAGGGUGCCUGUUCGGAAACGGGGAGCGGACUGGUAAUGUUGACCUCGUGACUCUUGGCUUGAACCUCUACACACAGGGUGUGUCCCCCAACAUCGACUUCUCCGAUCUCAACAAGGUCAUUCGGGUAGUAGAGGAGUGCAACAAGAUUGAGGUACACCCGCGUGCUCCAUACGGAGGUUCUCUGGUAGUAUGCGCGUUCAGCGGAUCCCAUCAGGACGCCAUCAAAAAGGGGUUCCAGGUACGCCAAGACGAAGGGAAGGAGUACGAGGACUAUUGGCAAGUUCCAUACCUCCCCCUCGACCCCAAGGACAUCGGGCGGGAUUACCAGGCCGUUAUUCGCGUCAACUCGCAGAGCGGAAAGGGCGGCGCUGCUUGGAUCAUCCAACAGCACCUGUACCUCGACCUACCGCGCGGCCUCCAGGUUGCGUUUUCAAAGGUGGUCCAAGACAUGGCCGAAAAACGAGGUCGGGAACUCCUCCCGACGGAAAUCACGGAUCUGUUCAAGGAGACCUAUUUCCUCACCCAGACCGCCCGUUUCAACAUUGUGGAUUACACCAUUGCACCGGACCGCUCCACGUCCCCCGCUCCGCCUGAGCCGGGCAAGACGCAGGAUACGACUGGCUUCAGGCGAGUCUUUGAAGGUGUUGUGUCCAUUGACGGCGUCGAAUACAAGCUUCGCGGCCGUGGUAACGGGCCGAUUUCUAGUCUGGCCAAUGCCCUCCGGAAGGUCGGCAUUGACCUGGAUGUCCAGGACUACAAGGAGCACGCCGUCGGGAGGGGACGGGAUGUCAAGGCCGCGACAUACAUUGAGUGCACGGCGGCCGGAACGAAGCAGAAGGUCUGGGGUGUGGGCCUCCACGAAGAUGUCGUACAAAGCUCCCUGAGCGCUCUCCUGAGUGCAGCGAGUAACUUUACUCCGAGCCGACAGGGAAGUCCCGUCAUCCCGAAGGCGGCCGGCGAGGGCGCCAACGGGUCGGCCCAGGUCCCCGACAUCGUCACAAGUCUCGCGGCGAGGGCUGAUUAG